CAGAUUUUCUAUAGGUAUAUUUUUUAGUUUUUGAGUUAUAGCUGAACUUUUCUGAAAGGAAAGGAAAAAAUCUUUUUCCUUGACAGUUUACUUCAUAAAUUUUCAAUCCAAUUGCGUACUAACUCGAAUUGAGUUAUCUAACGGUUUUAGAUUAGGUACCAAAGUAAUAUGUAUUUGUUUUAAAUGAAAACCGUGUUUGUUAUGACCUAGUUUGGACUGGUUUGGGUUUUAUCUUAAAAAAAACUCUUUCUAAAUAUAAACACAAAUGCCUUACUAGACAGAUUUGUUUAAAGUUUAAAUAUAAGCAAAAUCUAAUAGUCAGUGAGGCAAAUAGAAACCUAUUGAAACAUUUGGUGGUACUUGAAGUUUUAUCCUAAGAAAUUGGUUCAUGUCCGCGAAAACUACAACCUUCUAUCUUUAGUCGAGAAGUCGAAUACAGGAUGUACUCUACUGAAUUUAUUAUUAUUAUCGCAGCGGUUGUUUAUUGUUUUUAAUAUUGCUCUGUUUACUAUUAGUGCAUCGCUCUACAUUUCCAAUAAAGAUAAUUGUUGUCAAAAUAAUGUAUAAUGCUUUGGCGAUAACACUGAUAACUAAAAACUAUAAAUCCUCCGUCAAACUUAUACCUCUAUUUCAGUCUUCCUUCCAGACAUCUAUAAAUAUAAGCUUUGUGCAUCGUUAUGGAUGUACGAAUUAAUACCUUGCAGAACAACGAUCAGAAUAAAAAUGGAUAUAGUAAUUCAGAUUUGGGUUAUGUAAUCUUUGAAAGUUUGAAAAAAUACAGCAAUAGGAUCUUACAGUAUUUGCCAGACACUGAUGAGACAGAUACACAAGGACAAGUUUUAAAACGAAGCAUACGUACUGCAUUGAGGCUAAAAGAAAAGGGAAUAACCAAGGAUGAUAUCGUUAGCAGUUGCAGUCACAACCAAAAAAAUUCCAUCAUUCCUUUUAUUGCCUCACUGUUCCUUGGGAUUAAAACAGCCUACUUUGAUCCGAAUUUAUCUCAUUUAGAUACGAUCCAUCUUCUGAAACUGAUUAAGCCGAGAAUUAUAUUCAUCGACCUGGAAUCGUUACCACUUAUGGAAAAGUGUUUGAAGGAAUCUCAAGUAAACACAGAGUUGGUUGUAUUUGGAGAAAGCGAAAAAUAUUCGAAUUUCAAUGAAUAUUUAGAACCUAGUAUUGAAGAAGAUAAUUUUCGACCAGUUGUGGUUGACAACGUUAUGGAAACGGCUGUUAUAUUGUUCAGCAGUGGGACAACGGGUUUGCCAAAAGGAAUUUGUCUAAGCCAUUAUGGCAUACUUGGUCAGAUUUCAAAUGAAGGUAUGAAAGUGUGGGAUAAUCAUGGAGGAAGCGUUUUGUUGCUAUACACCACUCUGUACUGGAUAUCUGCUGUACAGAUGUUACUAAAGUGUAUCACUGAAGGAUGCGCUAAAGUUGUGUGCAAACAGUUUGACGCUGCUGCAACGUGGAGGCUUGUAGAAAAAUACAAAGUAACAAGUCUUUUUUUGGGGCCAUAUCACGCUAGAGACUUUUUAGCUGCCCGCCAAAAAGAUGUAGAUACCAGCAGCUUGAAGUAUAUGAUGACAGGCAGUGCCCCAGUGACGAAAAAGCUAAUGGAAGAGCUAACAGAAGCUUUUCCCAGCGCGACUGUUAUGCAGGGCUACGGACAGUCAGAAGCCUCGGGGAUGAUUGCCAUCUUCAAUGUAAAUGAUCCAAAGGAGAUAAAAUUGCAAAAAGUUAAACCAUUGUCCUGUGGAAAAGUUCUACCAGAGUAUAAUUGGAAAAUUGUCGACCCUGUCACAGAAAAAGCCCUUGGUGCAAAUGAAAGGGGAGAGUUUCGAUACAAAAUAGAUUAUCAAAUGAACGGGUAUUACAAAAUGGAUUCCUCCUCGGCAUAUGAUUCGGAAGGAUUUAUAAAAUCUGGAGAUAUAGCUUAUUACGAUGAAGAAAACUGCUUCUUUAUUGUGGACAGAAUUAAGGAAAUGUUUAAAUAUAAGGGAUGGCAUAUCCUUCCCGCUGUUCUGGAGGAGAUCCUUCUGUCUCAUCCAGCAGUCAAAGAAACUGCUGUAAUUGGUAUUCCUCACGAUUUAGAUGGUGACCAUCCAAUGGGUAUUGUUGUGUUAAAUAAAGGGUAUAAGGAUGCUACCCCGGAAGAUCUUGAACUCUAUGUGAGGCAAAGGGUGUCAGACACCCAACGCUUAAGAGCGGGUGUUAAAAUUGUAAAAAUGAUUACCAAAACUGCUACUGGUAAGAUAAGAAGGAAUGACAUGAAACAAAUGGUGCUCAAUGGUGAUAUUUAAAUUUGGGUACCUGUACUAUAUUUAUUAAGGAAAAUCCGUAUUGUACUUUAUUUUAUAAUGUAAAACAUUCGAUGUUGUACUUGCAGGAGUUCUAAAUAAAUUGUGUUUAUGUGUA